AUGGUUUUUUGUAUAGGAACCCUUUGGAAUGUAGUUCCAUGCAGAGGCAAGGCAUCACAGAAAGUUAUGAAAAGCACAUAUCUGAAAAGCUAUGAAACUCUUCAAAGUGAGGAUGAUUCCAACUUUCUUCUAGAUAAUGAUGAGAUGGGGGAGGUGCUUACAAGAAAUGGUUCUUGGAGGGAAGGAGAUAGAGGGAGCGAAAGAAAGAUAUCUAGGAAAGCCGGAAGAGGGGCUUCCAAUGUGUCUUCCGAGGUAAGCAUUGGAGAAGGGAAGAAGCAAAGGCCAAGAUCUAAUAGUGCAAUAAGUAAUGAUGGGUUUUGGAGCGAUAGCUAUGAAGAUAUGUCUGGAGAGGUCGAGUCUAGGAACGGCUCCAAGGAAAAAAAGAAAAGCAGAGAGAGACAUGACAAAAAAGAGUCCAGGGGCAAUAGGAGAGUUCCUUCAGAGGAAGUAAAAAGUAGUAGAAGAUCUUCAAAGUCAAUGGACAUGGCUUCCAAGAAAAGUGAGAUACUUGAAAAGUACAGGAGUAGAAUAUACAAUGGAGAAAAAGGACACUAUAGUCCUGAUGACAUUUCCAAGGAGUCAGAAGUGGAAUCCAGUGAUUACAGAGAGGAGGAGAAGAACCCUAGAGGUACUUCCAGGCAGAGGCUUGAUAGGUAUAGAGAUUCUAGAGCAUUUGAAAGGGAUUCCAGCCAUAACCCCGAUGACAGUGAAAGCGAAAUCACCUUCAUAAUGGAUAUUUACGAUAAGUCGUCCUUGAAUAACAGCUUGAGAGAAAAGAUGUUUGAAUACCUAAGUCAAAUGGGAAAGAAAAGCUAG